AUGGUUGUUAUUACAACAUUGCUUUUUAUUCUAACAUUCCUUUCUGGAACGUUUAGUUUGAAUGUAUUAAUAGUUAGUAUUGGUGCAGCUGGUCAUGUAAUUCCACUGUUUGAAUUAGCAAAAGGAAUGCACAAUCAUAAUGUAACAUUUGUGACUGAAGCUCAAGCUCAACCUUAUAUCAAUGUAGAAUCACAUCCAAAUAUAUCAUCACUUCGUCUUAUUUAUUUGAAUAAUUCAAUGGAUACAUUAGAUAUGCAUACGAAAAAGAUGCAAGAGUUUGUUAACUAUGCAAUAAAUCAUUCAUCUUUUGAUAAUUUUGCUUAUGUGAUAACAGAAGUAAGUGAUAGUAUAAGUGGAUUAAUGAACAAGACAGUACAUCUAGUAAUGGAAGAGCAAUAUGAUGUUAUUGUUGGUACUACAUUAACCGUAGGCAUGCAUGCACUUUGCAACGAUGCAAACAUCCCAUGUGUAAUGCAACUAGCAGAAAAAGAUCCAAAUAUGUUUGAUGUUAAUCUACCAUAUAGUUACUCUUUAUUGUCAGGAGAGCAAUUAUCGACAUUUAAAUAUCGUAUAUACAAUAUUGCCUUUACUAUACGUAUGAUCGCGUCGGUCUUUACAAAAUUAAUCAGCUUAUUGUCAACGUUAAUACAAUCGUUACCACAAGUUCCCGGACCAUUUUACGACACUUUUACAUGGAAAAAUAUCUUGUUAACAAAAUCGAAAUGCUUAACAUUGUAUAGUAUUCCUCCGACACUCUAUCUACCAUCAGAUUUAUCCCAUUCUUCGAAAUAUCUUGGUGCAUUUAUCGAUGAAUCUUCGAUUAAGAAUGCAGACAAUGACCUGACUAAAUGGAUCGAAUCAAAACCUGAAAAAUCUAUUAUCUAUGUAGCAUUUGGUAGCGUUUCAACAGUUAAUUUAGAUCGAAUGAAAAGUUUAAUUUAUGGUCUUGCAGAGUUUCUUCUUCAAACAGAUUGUAGUUCAAUUCUAUUGGCUUUUCGUAAUACAAACGCUGAAUAUUAUGAAACUGUGCUUACUAAAAUCACCAAUGAAAACUAUCGUAAUAUCUUAAUGGAUAAACAAAGAGUUCGAAUUGAGAAUCAAUUUAUUCAACAAAAAUGGAUUCUACAACAAAAUUCUGUUCAUCUUUUUAUUAGUCAUUGUGGAAUGGGUUCUAUCGUUGAAGCAUUAUUUUAUCAAAAACCUAUUUUGUGUUUACCAUUGUGUCUAGAUCAAUUUGCAAACGCUAUUGCAAUCGAACAUUCUGGUGCUGGAGAAUCUUUAUUUCAACGACCAUCAAUAUUAAGAUCUUUUCAAAAUCCAGUUGCAUAUCAUGAAUACACAUUUACAACUACAGAUGUAACAACUAAACUGAAGACGAUGUGGAGAAAUGUAACAUAUGAAGAAAUUGUUCGAAUUAUGUCACUUGAAAUGAAACAUGCUGGUGGAGUAACACAAGCAGUGAAAGAAAUUGAAUUGUUUGUCAGUUUGAAGGGUGAUUUAAGUCGAUAUGCACCAUUUCGAAGUACUCUACAAUUCUAUCAACGAUAUAUGAUUGAUUUAAUGAUUAUCUAUAUCAUUCUACCGAUGUUGAUCGUAGUGUAUUUAUUUAAAAGAUGUUGCAAACGAACACAAAAGCAAAAAAUAGAUUAA